AUGGAGAAACAUCUGGACGAAAAGACUGGUGCCGAGGUCUACUCGAGCGAUCAUGAUCAUGCGGUUACUACUGCGGCGUUGAUUAAGCCGCAGGCUCGUGCGCCGUAUGAUUCGGGCGUUUCCUUCGAGGAGUAUUGUCACUAUGCGCAGAAGACUAGGGCCGAGCAGGAGUUGCUGGACCCGCCUGUUUUGAAUAUUCGUCAGUGGUUUGGGAAGAAGAAGGAUGCUGGUCCCAAUCCCCAGGAUGUUACUACUACCUUGACUGAGGAGGAUUUUACGAACCCGGCUAAACGACUGGAGAUUACGGAUGAGGAGUGGACGAAUGCUAGUCGCGCUUUUCGGUCGGCUUCUUGGGGUGCUUGCUUCUACUUGAUCACUACUGAUAUUUUGGGACCCUAUGGAUCCGGUUGGACCCUCGGCACGCUUGGAUGGGGACCUGGUAUCGCCUUCUACACCGUCUUCGGAGUGAUGGUCGGUUACUCGGGCUACCUCAUCUGGCGCGUCUACCUCGGCGUCGACAGCUACGAAUUCCCCGUGAAGAACUACGGCGAUCUCGGCUUCCGCACACUAGGCAACGGCGGUCGCCACCUCACAAAUGUCCUCCAGGGUAUCGGGCUGCUCCUGAUCACGGGCCAAGUCACAAUCCAGUACGGCGAGAACAUCUCCCAGAUGUCCAAGUUCAAGCUGUGCUACGCCGUGUGCCCCGUCAUCUUUGCCGUGGCCGGUUUCUUCAUCACGCAGAUCCGCACGCUCAAGGCCUACGGCUGGAUCGCUAACUUGGCCGUCUGGUUGAAUAUCUUCGUUAUCUUCAUGACUAUGGGCGUCAUGGCGAACUCGCCGCCGAACUUCGCUAUUUCAACCCUCGGCUCCGCUGGCAGUGCCACUAAUGCUACCACUAUUACCCCCGUCGAUGGUGUCUACCCGGCUAUCAUCCACUACAGCAAUAUCCCCAUGGGUAAUGGUUUGCUGGGUGCUGUUAACGGUAUGCUUUCGGGUGUGUUGGCGUAUGCUGGUGCUCAGCUGUUUGUGGAGUUCAUGGCUGAGAUGAGACGUCCUCAGGACUUCAUCAAGGCUAUGUGGAGCGCUCAGUUCUUUAUUUACAGUGUUUACCUUGCGUACGGAUGUGUGGUUUACCACUUGCAGGGUCAAUACAGCUUUAAUCCCAGUUACCAGGGUGUGAGCAUUUACGCGUGGCAGACACUGGGUAAUAUGGUUACUUUGAUUGCCGCUCUGAUUGCUGGUGGUCUUUACGGCAACAUCGGUAUCAAGGUUGUGUACAACAACAUUCUCGUCGAUAUCUUCUCCGUCCCGCCCAUGGAGAGCAGACGGGGUAAGAUUAUCUACGCUAUGCUCGUUCCUUUGUGGUGGAUCAUUGCCUUUAUCAUUGGUGCUGCUAUUCCCGAUUACUUUGGUUUCGUCAGUGUCAUGUCGGCCUCUAUGUUGCUCAACUUGAGCUACACGCUACCCCCGAUGUUUGCGUUGGGCUUCGACAUCCAGAAGAACUCGGCUCUGCUGGACCAAGGCGAUGGAUUUGAUCCGGUUACUGGACGGGUAAAGAGAACCGGUACAGCUACCCAGCGAUGGAUUCGUGGCUUCUUCGCCGGUGGCUUGUUCCAGGUGUGCAUCAACAUCUGGCAUGUCAUCUACUUCUUGGCCUCGCUCUCCAUGUGUGGUCUUGGCAUGUGGGCUGCUGUUAUUGGUAAGUUUUUGAAGCUGUUUUUCUUCUAG